UCGUUUCGGGUGGGUAGAGCAAAGAUACGCGUGUGCGUGUGCUGUCUCUCAUGCAUCCUCCAUCAUAACUCACUCCAUAGGCUCCCAUGACGCCACGUCUCAUGGGCAACCACCUGAGCAUAAACCAACGGCCUGAGUACCAAGGAGAUGCGCAACGCAAGGGUCGAUCCAGGGCUAGCUCCUACACCAAGGCCAAGUGGACGGUCGAGAGAGAGAUGUGGCAGUCGUCGCUGCUGUACCCGCCGCCGGCGUCGGCCUUCGUGACGGCGAUGUCUGUGGUGUCGUUCGCGUCGCUGGCGUCCGCGGGCCUCUCUGAGCUCCGCAGCCAACACAUGGCCUACUCCAAGUUCUGGCACGUCGUGUCUGGACAGCAGCAGAAGAAGGGAGGCACCGGUGGCGUGCAGCUGUCGGGCCGUGACGGGAUGCUGGUGGCCUACGCGCCGGCGCUAGUCGCCGCCGCGGCGUCCUUCGUCGUGCCGGGUACCGUGGAAGGGCUGCGCGCCGAGCUCCUCGCCGUCCACUUCCUCAAGCGUGUCCUCGAGGUACUCUUCAUCCAUCGGUAUAGUGGGAACAUGCCACUCAACACGGCGCUCGCCAUCUCCUCCAGCUACCUGCUCAGCGCCAUCACCAUGAUCUACGCGCAGCACCUCGCCGUCGGACUCCCUGACCCUACAACGGACCUCCUCUCGCAACUCAGGAAGGGAGGUGACGACGAUACGGGGUACAAGAUCCCCAAAGGCGGGCUCUUCGAGUUCGUCACCUGCCCGCACUACCUCUUCGAGAUCACCGGAUUCUUCGGGUUCGCGAUGAUCUCACAGACGGUUUAUGCGCUCGCCAUGGCCUUCGGCACGACAGCCUACCUCGUCGGCCGAAGCUUCGCCACCCGGAGAUGGUACGAAUCCAAGUUCGAGGAAUUCCCGACGAGCAUCAAGGCUCUGGUGCCCUAUAUCUUGUAGCGUGCCAGCUAAUUGGUUGCCAACCGGAUUGUCUAUUCACAAGUAGUCUCAUAUUUAUCUAACAUCGGCGACCAUUCUAAGCCUUUGUGUCUGUCGACCCCUAAUCUCAUCUCACUCCAUACAUCAACUACCUGUUGAGUAUAUUGAUUAUUAGGAAAGACGAGACAGACUAGAAUUUGUUCUGGCUUGUCUUGUAUUCCAAGUAGAUCAUUGUACUCCUAUAUAUAUAUGCCCACGAGGCUCAAACAAUACAAAGAACCAACUAUUCCAUUAAAUC